CAGCAGCAUGAGGACCUGUCUGCCAAGAAGUUGCGGCUGACCAAGCCCAGUAAGUCCGCAGCACUCCACGUCGACCUGUGCAAAGCCACCUCCCCUGCGGACGCCUUGCAGUACCUGCUCCAGUUUACCAGGAAGCCCGUGGAAGUGGAGAGCGUGGAAGGGGUUGUCAGGAUCCUGCUGGAGCAUUACUACAAGGAGAACGACGCCUCUGUAAGACUGAAGAUUGCUUCCUUGUUGGGCUUGUUGUCGAAGACCGCAGGAUUUUCCCCGGACUGCAUUAUGGAUGACGCCAUUAACACACUUCAGAAUGAGAAGUCUCACCAAGUCCUUGCUCAGCUGCUGGACACCCUGUUGGUGAUUGGCACAAAACUCACAGAGAACCCAUCUGUCAGGAUGAGACUGGUGGAGGUGGCCUGCAAGCACCUGACAGAUUCUUCCCAUGGUGUACGAAAUAAGUGUCUUCAGUUAAUUGGCUGCCUUGGACCAGUGGAAAAAGGUGUUGCAAAAGAAGCUGAAAGCCAGGCUGCCAAAGAUGUCCAGAAGAUAAUAGGAGAUCAUUUUAAUGACCAGGACCCUCGUGUUAGGACAGCAGCCAUAAAAGCCAUGCUGCAGCUUCACGAAAGAGGAUUAAAAUUACAGCAGGCUAUUUACAGUCAGGCCUGCAAGCUGUUGGCAGAUGAUUAUGAGCAAGUGCGCAGUGCUGCAGUUCAGCUCAUUUGGGUCCUCAGUCAACUUUACCCUGAGAGCAUCGUCCCGAUUCCUUCUUCUAAUGAAGAAAUUCGCUUGGUCGAUGAUGCGUUCGGAAAAAUUUGCCAUAUGGUUAGCGAUGGUUCCUGGGUUGUUCGAGUACAAGCUGCUAAGUUAUUGGGCUCUAUGCAACAAGUUAGCUCCCAUUUCUUAGAGCAGACCCUUGACAAGAAGCUCAUGUCAGAUCUGAGGAGGAAGCGCACUGCGCAUGAACGAGCCAAAGAACUCUACAGCUCUGGGGAGUUUUCCAGUGGCAGAAAGUGGGGAGAUGAUGCUCCCAAGGAAGAAAUCGAUACGGGUGCCGUCAACUUGAUUGAGUCAGGAGCUUGUGGGGCUUUUGUUCAUGGCCUGGAAGAUGAGAUGUAUGGUGAGUGUUAACUUCUUGGAGAAUAACUAGAGGAGGAGUUGUAUGCGACCUAAUAAGCUUUUUUUGGGUGAUUGUGGGUUUUGUGGU